AUGGCUUCUUCGGAAGCCGAUUCCCGUCUGAGCCUGGUCGUGGUUCCCGCGCUCGAGAAGAUAAUCAAGAACGCGUCGUGGCGAAAGCACGCCAAACUCACUCACGAGUGCAAAUCCGUCAUCGAGAGGCUUGGCCACCGGCACUUUCCGCCGCCGGGAUCUCCCACCGACACCGAACCGGAGACCAACGUACCUGGCCCGCUCCAUGACGGUGGUCCAGUGGAGUUCUCCUUGGCCGAGUCCGAAUCGAUCCUCGCGCCACUCAUCCAUGCAGCCGGCUCCGGCGUCCUCAAGAUCGCUGAUCCUGCAGUCGACGCCAUCCAGAAGCUCAUUGCGCAUGGCUACCUCCGAGGCGAGGUUGACCCGGACUCCGCCGCUGCCGCGCCGGAGGCGAGGCUCCUCUCCAACCUCAUAGAAUCGGUUUGCAAAUGCCACGAUUUCGGCGACGAGUCGAUGGAGUUGCUGCUCCUCAAGACCUUGCUCUCUGCUGUGACGUCGAUUUCGCUUCGAAUCCAUGGAGAUUCCUUGCUUCUCAUUGUGCGGACCUGCUAUGAUAUAUAUCUCGAGAGUAAGAAUGUGGUGAAUCAGACGACGGCGAAGGCUUCGCUGAUCCAAAUGCUGGUGAUUGUAUUCCGCCGCAUGGAGGCGGAUUCCUCCACGGUGCCGGUUCAGCCGAUUGUGGUGGCAGAAUUGAUGGAGCCUGUGGAGAAAUCCGAUGGGGACAAUUCAAUGACGCAGUUUGUGCAGGGCUUUAUAACGAAGAUAAUGCAGGACAUUGACGGCGUUUUGAACCCUACGAUGCCGAGUGGGAAGGUUCAUUUGUUAGGUGGGCACGACGGUGCUUUUGAGACCACCACGGUGGAGACUACGAAUCCUACUGAUUUGUUGGAUUCUACUGAUAAGGACAUGUUGGAUGCUAAGUAUUGGGAGAUUAGUAUGUAUAAGACGGCGUUAGAGGGACGGAAGGGGGAGCUUGUUGAUGGGGAAGUGGUGGAUAGGGACGAUGAUUUAGAAGUUCAGAUUGGGAACAAGUUGAGGAGAGAUGCUUUUUUGGUGUUUAGGGCGCUUUGUAAGUUGUCGAUGAAAACGCUUCCGAAGGAGGCGAUAGGGGACCCAGAGUUGAUGAAGGGGAAGAUUGUGGCUCUGGAGUUGCUGAAGAUUUUGCUGGAGAAUGCGGGGGCUGUGUUCAGGACUAGUGAAAGGAGUGAACUUGAUUUGCAUUGUCUGGAUGUUCUGUCUAGGAGUGAACAUGGUGACUUGAUUGCAUUCUCCGGAUGCUCUUAUGAAAAGAACUCCCUAGUAAAGGCUCUAAGGGGAAAGGGUGGCCUAUGCCUUUUCUCUAGCAUCAAUGUUUUGACUUCAAGAAACAUGACUUGGUUUUUAGGUGCCAUCAAGCAGUACUUAUGUUUAUCCUUGUUGAAGAACAGUGCUUCAACUCUUCUAAUUGUGUUUCAGCUGUCAUGCUCCAUUUUCAUCAGUCUGGUGUCAAGAUUUAGGGCUGGAUUGAAAGCAGAAAUUGGAGUAUUUUUUCCUAUGAUUGUUCUCAGGGUCCUAGAAAAUGUUUCUCAACCUAAUUUUCAGCAGAAGAUGAUAGUGCUUCGGUUUCUGGAAAAGCUCUGUGUUGAUUCACAGAUAUUGGUUGACAUAUUUAUAAACUAUGACUGUGAUGUCAAUUCAUCAAACAUAUUUGAGAGGAUGGUCAAUGGACUUCUUAAAACUGCUCAAGGUGUCCCUCCUGGUGUAACAACCACACUUUUGCCACCCCAGGAAGCAACACUAAAACUUGAAUCCAUGAAAAGCUUGGUUGCAGUUUUAAAAUCAAUGGGAGAUUGGAUGAACAAACAAUUGCGCAUUCCUGACCCUCAUUCAGCCAAGAAAGUUGAAGCAUUGGAUUACAGCCCUGAAACUGGAGGUUUUACCAUGGUAAAUGGGAAUGGAGAAGACGCUGUUGAUGGAUCUGACACUCAAUCAGAAGCCUCCAAUGAUGCUUCUGAUGUUUCAAAUAUUGAGCAACGCCGGGCUUAUAAACUGGAACUCCAGGAAGGUAUAUCACUUUUUAAUAGGAAGCCUAAGAAAGGAAUUGAGUUUCUCAUCAAUGCCAACAAGGUGGGUGAUUCACCAGAGGAUAUAGCUACUUUUCUUAAAGAAGCAUCUGGGUUGAACAAGACUUUGAUUGGUGAUUAUCUGGGAGAAAGGGAAGAGUUACCCUUGAAGGUAAUGCAUGCAUAUGUGGAUUCCUUUAACUUUCAAGGUAUGGAGUUUGACGAGGCAAUCAGGGUCUUUCUUCAAGGAUUUAGACUGCCUGGUGAGGCACAGAAAAUUGAUAGGAUCAUGGAAAAGUUUGCCGAACAUUACUGCAAAUGUAAUUCAAAGGCCUUUUCUAGUGCCGACACAGCGUAUGUCCUUGCCUAUUCUGUUAUAAUGCUUAAUACAGAUGCUCACAAUCCUAUGGUGAAGAAUAAGAUGUCUGCUGAUGAUUUCAUAAGAAACAAUCGAGGCAUUGAUGAUGGAGAAGAUCUUCCUGAGGAAUACUUGAAGUCCUUGUUUGACAGAAUAUCUAGAAACGAGAUCAAAAUGAAAGAAAAUGAUGUGACUCCUCAACAAAAACAAGCUGUGAACCCUAAUAGACUUUUAGGCUUGGAUAGUAUAUUGAAUAUUGUGAUCCGUAAACAUGAUGAAGAGAAUCUGGAGACCAGUGAUGAUCUUAUCCGUCAUAUGCAAGAACAAUUCAAAGAAAAAGCUCGCAAAACUGAAUCAGUUUAUUACGCCGCAACAGAUGUUGUAAUUCUGAGAUUCAUGAUUGAGGUGUGCUGGGCACCGAUGUUAGCCGCCUUCAGUGUUCCACUUGAUCAAAGUGAUGAUGAGGUUGUAAUAUCUCUGUGCCUUGAAGGCUUCCGCUAUGCUAUUCAUGUUACUUCCGUAAUGUCAAUGAAGACUCAUAGAGAUGCUUUUGUGACUUCAUUAGCAAAGUUUACCUCACUACAUUCACCAGCAGAUAUUAAGCAGAAGAAUGUCAAUGCAAUUAAGGCAAUAGUUGUUAUUGCUGAUGAGGAUGGAAAUUACUUACAAGAAGCUUGGGAACACAUCUUGACUUGUGUUUCUCGGUUUGAGCAUUUACAUCUUCUUGGAGAGGGGGCUCCACCAGAUGCCACAUUCUUUGCUUUCCCUCAGAAUGAUUCAGAAAAAGCAAAGCAAACAAAGUCAACCAUUCUUCCUGUCUUGAAGAAGAAGGGACCUGGGAGGAUGCAGUACGCAGCUGCUUCAUUGAUGCGGGGUUCAUAUGACAGUGCUGGAAUUGGUAGUAAUGGUUCCGGAGUCACAGCUGAACAGGUGAACAAUCUAGUGUCUAAUUUAAAUAUGUUGGAACAAGUUGGAAACUCUGAAAUGAGUCGCAUAUUCACUCGGAGUCAGAAGUUGAACAGUGAGGCGAUAAUAGACUUUGUUAAGGCUCUAUGCAAGGUCUCCAUGGAGGAAUUGAGAUCUCCAUCUGAUCCACGUGUUUUCAGCCUUACAAAGAUUGUUGAGAUUGCGCACUAUAAUAUGAACCGCAUCAGGCUUGUGUGGUCAAGCAUCUGGCAUGUUCUCUCUGAUUUCUUUGUAACUAUUGGCUGUUCUGCAAACCUUUCAAUUGCAAUUUUUGCAAUGGAUUCAUUGCGUCAGUUGUCAAUGAAAUUUCUGGAGCGAGAAGAGCUGGCUAAUUAUAAUUUUCAAAAUGAAUUUAUGAAGCCUUUUGUCAUUGUUAUGCGAAAGAGUAGUGCUGUUGAAAUUAGAGAAUUAAUUAUCAGAUGUGUCUCUCAAAUGGUUCUAUCUCGUGUCAACAAUGUCAAAUCAGGAUGGAAGAGCAUGUUCAUGGUAUUCACAACAGCAGCUUACGAUGACCACAAAAACAUUGUACUCUUGGCUUUUGAAAUUAUUGAGAAAAUUAUUCGUGAUUACUUUCCAUACAUCACUGAGACUGAAACCACAACCUUCACAGACUGUGUAAAUUGUCUAAUUGCGUUUACCAAUAGUAGAUUCAAUAAAGAGAUUAGCCUAAACGCCAUUGCUUUUCUUCGGUUCUGUGCAACAAAACUUGCAGCUGGAGACCUUGGCUCAUCAUCAAGGAAUAAGGAUAAGGAAGUUUCUGGAAAAGUUUCCUUAUCUUCUCCUCAAACAGGUAAGGAGGGGAAAAAUGAUAAUGGAGAGGCUGCUGACAAGGAUGAUCAUCUCUAUUUCUGGUUUCCUUUAUUGGCAGGUUUAUCCGAGCUUAGCUUUGAGCCAAGACCUGAGAUUAGGAAGAGCGCCUUGGAAGUCCUGUUUGAAACCUUACGUAACCAUGGCCAUCUGUUUUCACUUCCUUUAUGGGAAAGAGUAUUUGAGUCUAUCCUAUUUCCUAUAUUCGAUUAUGUUCGGCAUGCUAUUGAUCCUUCAGGAAAUAGUUCACCAGUCAAUAUAGAGCCUGGUGAUGGUGAGGUUGAUCAAGAUGCUUGGCUUUUUGAGACAUGCACAUUGGCCCUCCAAUUGGUCGUAGAUCUUUUUGUUAACUUUUACAAUUGUGUCAAUCCACUUUUAAGAAAGGUGCUGAUGCUCCUGGUUAACUUCAUAAAUCGCCCUCAUCAAAGCCUCGCGGGCAUUGGUAUUGCUGCUUUUGUUCGUUUGAUGAGUAAUGCGGGGGAGCUAUUUUCUGAUGAAAAGUGGUUAGAAGUGGUUUUCUCAUUAAAAGAAGCAGCAAAUGCAACACUUCCUAACUUUUUGUUUCUGGAUAGCGAGGAUGAACAUGCUUCAACUGCUGAAGAUGAUACAGAUUUUGCUGAUUCUGGCUUCCCAAAUGAUUUAGUAAACUUGAGGACUCAUCGUCUUUAUGCUCAUUUAACUGAUGCAAAAUGCCGAGCUGCUGUUCAGCUUUUAUUGAUUCAGGCGGUGACGGAGAUCUAUAACAUGCAUCGUUCUCACCUUUCAGCAAAAGCCAUGCUAGUGCUGUAUGAUGCUUUGCACGAUAUUGCUUUACACGCACAUCAGAUUAACAACAAUACCAUAUUACGUUCAAAACUUCAAGAGUUUGGUUCUAUGAGCCAAAUGCAAGACCCUCCACUCUUACGCCUUGAGAAUGAAUCGUACCAGAUCUGCCUUACAUUUUUACAAAACCUUGUCAUUGACAAACCUCCUAGUUAUGACGCCGAUGAGGUUGAAUCUCAUCUCAUUCGGCUUUGUCAGGAGGUUUUGGAGUUUUAUAUUGAAGUCGCGGGUUUUGGACAAAAAUCUGAAUCUUCUCAUGGUCGGGAACCACAUUGGUUUAUUCCCUUGGGCUCUGGCAAGAGUAGGGAGUUGGCUGCUCGUUCACCUCUCAUUGUGGCUACUCUGCACGCUAUUUGUAGUUUGGAAGAUACUUCCUUUGAGAAGAACCUGUCUCAUUUCUUCCCUCUUAUUUCUAGCUUGGUACGUUGUGAACAUGGGUCCAAGGACGUCCAGGUUGCUCUCAGUGACAUGCUUAAUUUAUCAGUUGGUCCUGUUUUGCUACAGUCAUGUUGA